UAAUGUUAAAUGUUUUGUAAAGACAACACAACCACGUGUUUGGCAUUUCAUAACACAAAUACAAAACGUUUUUUCAAUCAAUUGAAUGAAUGGUUUAAUUGAAGACUAAAUGAUAAUGAAUGUCGAGUACUCUUUGGGACCCUUUUGUAAUUGGUUUCUUCCGUCGUGUCUCGAUAUCUGGUCAUCACGUGAUGGUCAACAGGUGUUGUGUUCAUAUGGCGCCCGAUCUAUGGUUUGUUUGAUGUCUAUAACUGAGACCAAAGCUCUUAAAUGUUACGAUAGUUUAAAUGUCUUCAACAACAAUAAAUCUAUCAUUUCUUGUAAUAAAUUCAACAAAAGAUCACACGAACCCUUUCUUUUCAUUGGUUCCAAUGAUGGUGAGGCAGCUGUUCUUGAAUGUAAUACACGACAAGUUAUUUACCAAAAAGAGACAAUCAAUGAUUUUUCAUUACCAUCGAAGAAGGUGUUGUCUGCAGAUUGGUGUGUCUUUAAUGACAACUCUAUUGUCUAUUACUCAAUACAUUCUUUGGUUAUUUGUUGGAAUCUUAACACAAAAACUGUUAAUAAGUUAAAAAUAGGAGAAAAUUAUGAGAACAAGAUUGCCAUUUCUUGUAUUGUCGCCUCUCAUUGUGGUCAACAAAAGUUGGCCAUCGGAUAUAUGAACGGAGAUAUAAUUAUCAUAACUCUUGAAAAUAUGUCCCAAAACACUGAACAUGUUCUUAGCGGUCAUAACGAUGACAUAUGUUCUCUAGCGUUCAGUUGGUCUAAAGGUCACUACGAAGAGGGCAUUUUGAGUUCAGCCUCACGGGACGGAUUCGUCAAAGUGUGGGACGUUUACAACAGACACAACAUUGCAGACCUUAAAUUAGAUGCAAACAAAUUAAAGCAAAAGAAUUGGUUUUCUUUAGCUGUUAUUCCUAUGAAAGCAAAUGAAGGAAACAAGAGUUCAACAAAAUUUGAAAUAUUGAUUGGUUCGGGAAAUGGAGACGUCCUCUAUAUUGAAAUACCGACCAAACCUCCCGACAGCAAAAUACGUGUUUUUAAACCUUUAAAUUUUAGCAGAAGUAAAACUUAUUGUCAUAAUUCAGUCAUAUUUAGCAUAUCUGUAGACUCGAGAACAAUGACUGCAAUAACCACAUCAUUGGAUCACAAUAUAGUUAUUUGGGAUCUCAUUGAAAGAAAAUCCGUUAACUUAUUCAAUACAUUUAGUCAUGGAGUGCAUGACAUUUCAUUUUCACCAAUAGCUCCCUAUAGAGUGGCCAUUGCUAUUGGCGAGUGUUAUCAGAUUAUUAGAUUUGAUGAACAAUUAAAUGUUGUGAAUCAACGCAGAUAUCAAUUAGUUAACAGAACUAAAGAUAUAAAAACAUUGGCUAUUGUUUGGCAUCCUAUAUAUGAAAAUCGUUUGGCUUACGGCUCAUCGCUCGGAGAUAUUGUUGUAAUUGAUUUGAAUUCAUCACAAAAGGCACCCAAAUAUAGUACCAAACGGACAUCAUUUGACAAUACAAAAGUAUAUGCAUUAUUAUGGGGACCAUCUUUUGAAGAUAAUGAAGAAUCAACACUAUAUAGUGUCCAUCAAAGCGGAAGAUUGUAUUUGCAUUAUAUCACUAGUAAUAAAGUGUAUCCGUUUACACAUUAUAUUAAUGAUGAUAUAAAAAGGACUGAUUUAAGAUGGAAAGCAAACUUUAAGCACUUAUGUGUUGGCAAUGAUAACGGAACCGUUGAUGUGUUUGAAAAUGUUAAUAAGAAAUUACUUCUUAAAGUAAAAAUCAAUUCAUUUAAAAGAUCCAUUCUUUGUCUUCGAUGGAAUUCAAAUAAAGAUGAAGAAACAUCCAAUUGGUUGGCCGUCAGUUCAUAUGACAAUAAUAUUCACUGCUUUUCACUCAACAACUAUUUAAUUGGUAACCAAAUUAUUGAAGAGUCAGAUAUAAAAUCUGUUGUCACAGUUUCAAAACCCAAUUGCAUCUUAAGAGGACAUUGUGAACGAGUGUCUUCAAUGGAUUGGUGUCCGUAUGAUUCAAAUAAAUUGGUUUCCGUCUCAUAUGAUAUGAAAACUUACAUUUGGGACGUGUUAUCACAAAGUUUGUUAACUAAGUUUACCGCUCAUAAGGGACUAUUAUAUUGCGUUCAUUGGAGUCCAUUUGACAGCAAUCUAGUCUUCAGUGGCGGUGAAGAUAACUAUUUGCAUGUAUGGCGUCCUUCCAAACAAAUUGAAUACAAUGGUACUAAUGGUACAAAUGAACUCAACAAUCGGCCUCRCAUUGAAAAGAGCGAACAAAACGAUGAUAAUUGUGUUGAAGAUGUACUCAAAGAAUUAAUAAAUAGAGUUGUUUUAAAUGAAGGUAAUCUUUCAGCGGAUGGAUAUAAAAAUUUUAAUGAUUGUAAAAGAAAUAAACAAAAAAAUAAGAAAAAGAAGAUAAACAAAGAAGUAAAGAAAAGUUCAUUAUUUCCUAUGAGUAAUACAAUAGAGAACUGUUCCACAAAAUGUCAAAAUCUUGAAGAUAUAGAAAGUCUUUUUAACAAACUUAAUGGUAAACAAAUUUCUUCUGAUCAGAAAUCGAGGAUAUUAUUGUAUGGAGACUGCGAUGAUAUCAAACAAUUUAUUAGUAAUGAAAUAUCUUAUCAUAUAAAACAAGAAAACAAAGAACAAAAAGAUAUUGUAAGUCUAUUAUAUGAUAUAAAAUUGACAAUUGAAGAGUCCAUUCAACAAAAUCAAACGAAUCCAUAUUUAGUAUCGCUUUCAUCACUUGUUUCCAGAAAUCAUUGGAAAGAAUUAUCAAAUCUUUUAGCACAAGAAUUACUUCGUCCAGAAUAUGAUCCAAACGUUUAUUCAAUGUAUAGAAUUGAAAUGUCAGCCAUUUUGUUGUUAUCACAAAACAAUGUCAGAGGAGCUAUUGAUUUAUUGAUAUCCAAUCACUUAUUCCGAGAAUCACUUAUUGUCGCCAAAACCAGAUUAGAAAGUGAAGAAGUUGUUAGAUAUAUAAUGAAUGAAUGGGCGACUUAUCGUUUGAAGUGCGGCGACACUGAGGGUGCGGCCAAAUGUUUGACUUCUAUUCGCAUGUUUUCAGAAGCGGCAGAAGUUCUCAAAAAUAGAAAUGACCAACAAUUCAGUCAUACCAUCUCUUUACUCAAAUCAAUUAAUAUUUAA